GCCUGCGGAGCACAGCCGCACACCUUCAGAUGGAGAUGAAGUAGCAGCAGCCGCGCUACACCAGGAGGAACAGCGCCCGCACCACGGUUCCCUUCAGCAGGGGGGAAACAGGUGACACAGACACACCGAGCGUCCACCGGUGGAAACUACCGCGGUUACCACCUCCCCACCCGACACGCGCACCCUCACCCCCCACCCCGGCCAAAGCAACCACAUGCAUUUCGCUCUGCUCAUCUGAAAAGUCCGCUGCAGAUCAUGGAAAAUGCUCACACCAAGUCCGCCGCCGAAGUUUUGGRCAACUUCGGUGUGAACGAGAACACGGGGCUGACUCUGGAGCAGGUCAAAGCCAGUUUGGAGAAAUAUGGACCGAACGAGCUUCCAGCCGAAGAAGGCAAGUCCCUGUGGGAGCUGGUGGUGGAGCAAUUUGAAGACCUCCUGGUCAGGAUCCUGCUGCUAGCUGCCUGUGUCUCCUUUGUGUUGGCUUUGUUUGAAGAAGGAGAGGAAACAACCACUGCYUUUGUAGAACCUGUUGUUAUUCUUCUCAUCCUCAUUGCCAAUGCUGUUAUUGGGGUCUGGCAGGAGCGUAAUGCAGAGAAUGCCAUCGAGGCUCUGAAGGAGUACGAACCGGAGAUGGGGAAGGUGUAUCGCAUGAACCGCAAGGCUGUCCAGAGGAUCAAAGCCAGAGACAUAGUCCCAGGAGACAUCGUGGAGGUGGCAGUUGGUGACAAAGUGCCGGCUGACAUCAGGGUGACCUCGAUAAAGUCUACCACCCUACGAGUGGACCAGUCCAUCCUUACAGGAGAGUCUGUGUCUGUCAUCAAACACACCGACCCUGUUCCUGACCCGAGAGCUGUCAACCAGGACAAAAAGAACAUGCUGUUCUCUGGCACCAACAUUGCUGCGGGUCGCGCCAUCGGAAUCGUCGUCGCGACCGGCGUCAACACGGAGAUCGGGAAGAUCCGCAACCAGAUGGCAUCCACAGAGCAAGAAAAGACGCCUCUGCAGCAGAAGCUGGACGAGUUCGGCCAGCAGCUCUCAAAGGUCAUCUCCUUGAUCUGCGUGGCCGUGUGGGUCAUCAACAUCGGCCACUUCGGAGACCCGGUCCACGGUGGCUCCUGGGUCAGAGGGGCCAUCUAUUAUUUUAAGAUUGCUGUUGCCCUGGCUGUGGCUGCCAUCCCGGAGGGCCUGCCUGCCGUCAUCACCACCUGCCUCGCCCUUGGCACGCGACGCAUGGCCAAGAAGAACGCCAUCGUCCGCAGCCUGCCUUCGGUGGAAACGCUGGGCUGCACAUCUGUUAUCUGCUCUGACAAGACUGGAACACUCACCACCAACCAGAUGUCCGUCUGCAGGAUGUUCGUUGCAGAUAAAGCUGAGGAGUCCAGCUGCACCCUGCACGAGUUCUCAAUAACUGGUUCUACGUACGCUCCUGAGGGACAAAUACUUAAAGGCACGAAGCCCAUCCAGUGUGGAGACUUUGAUGGACUUCUGGAGUUGGCCACCGUGUGCUCGAUGUGCAACGACUCCUCUCUGGAUUACAACGAGGCUAAAGGGGUCUACGAGAAGGUGGGGGAGGCCACAGAAACGGCUCUCACCACCCUGGUGGAGAAGAUGAACGUCUUUAAGACUGACUUGUCAGGACUCACGAAGGUGGAACGUGCCGGGGCUUGCAACUCGGUGAUCAGGCAGCUGAUGAAGAAGGAGUUCACGUUGGAGUUUUCUCGUGAUCGCAAGUCCAUGUCAGUUUACUGCACCCCCGUCAAACCUGGUUCUCCCAGCAAGAUGUUCAUCAAGGGGGCCCCUGAAAGCGUGAUGGAGAGGUGCGAGUACCUGCGUGUGGGAGCAGGGAAGGUAUCGAUGACCCCGGCUCUGCGCGAGCAGCUCAUGUGUAAGAUCAGAGAGUGGGGGACGGGCAGGGACACGCUGCGCUGCCUGGCUCUGGCCACGCACGACAGCCCUCCACGCAAAGAAGACAUGGACCUGGAAGACUCCACCAAGUUUGCCCAGUAUGAGAGAGGACUCACGUUCAUUGGCUGCGUGGGAAUGCUCGACCCUCCCAGGAAGGARGUGAUCGGCUCGAUAAAACUGUGCAACGAGGCGGGGAUCCGGGUGAUCAUGAUCACCGGAGACAACAAAGGCACGGCCGUGGCCAUCUGCAGGCGCAUCGGCAUCUUCGGGGAGGACGAGGACGUGACCGGGAAGGCCUACACGGGCCGCGAGUUCGACGACCUCUCGCCYGAGGCUCAGAGGGAGGCGGUGAAACACGCACGCUGCUUCGCCCGGGUCGAGCCCGCUCACAAGUCCAAGAUCGUGGGAUACCUGCAGUCGUUCGACGAGAUUACAGCCAUGACAGGGGAUGGUGUGAACGAUGCCCCCGCCCUGAAGAAGGCAGAGAUUGGGAUUGCCAUGGGUUCUGGGACAGCCGUGGCCAAGUCUGCCUCUGAGAUGGUGCUGUCCGAUGACAACUUCUCCACCAUCGUGGCUGCUGUGGAGGAGGGACGGGCYAUCUACAACAACAUGAAGCAGUUCAUCAGAUACCUCAUCUCCUCCAACGUGGGGGAAGUUGUCWGCAUCUUCCUGACGGCCAUCCUGGGUCUCCCUGAAGCUUUGAUUCCAGUCCAGCUGCUGUGGGUUAAUCUGGUGACAGACGGCCUUCCUGCGACGGCGCUGGGCUUCAACCCCCCAGACCUGGACAUCAUGGACAAACCUCCACGCAAUCCUAAGGAGCCGCUCAUCUCYGGCUGGCUCUUCUUCAGAUAYCUCGCUAUAGGAGGAUACGUGGGUCUUGGAACGGUGAGCGCAGCCAUGUGGUGGUACCUGUUCGACGAAGAGGGUCCACAGGUGUCCUUCUAUCAGCUGAGACACUUCAUGCAGUGCACAGAGGACAACCCCGUGUUCCAGAACAUAGACUGUGAGGUGUUUGAGUCCCGCUACCCAACAACCAUGGCUCUGUCGGUGCUGGUCACUAUCGAAAUGUUUAAUGCUCUCAACAGUCUGUCUGAGAACCAGUCCCUGCUCAGGAUGCCUCCCUGGGUUAAUAUUUGGCUGCUGGGAGCCAUCAUCCUGUCUCUGUCCCUCCACUUCCUGAUCCUCUACGUUGAGCCUCUGCCGCUCAUCUUCCAGGUGACCCCUCUGCGCUGGUCCCAGUGGAUUGUGGUCUUCAAGAUCUCCAUCCCGGUCAUCCUCCUGGACGAGGCUCUGAAAUACGUCUCCAGGAAUCAUUUAGAAGCAGAUGAGGAGGAGAAGAAGUAUCGACGGAGGUGGCAGCUCAACUAAGAACUCUCCCUUCAGCACUCUCGCAUAGUUAGACACACACACAAACAAGGCUACUCUCUACCCUUUAUGAGCUUUUCUGUUCUCCCGGCCCCUCGGCACCCCCGUCCCCUCUGCAUGUCCAACACAGCACCACUAGAAACGAGCAAGGCUUGCGAGAGAGAGAGCUCGUUUGUGUUCCUGCGAGCAUGGCUUUGUACGGGUGUGAGUGGAUGAGCAUCAGGUGUGUGUGUGUGUGUGAGAGAGAGAGAGARAAGAGUCCAAAGUAGAAUUUUAUAGCUGCAAGAGAGAAAAAAAAAGAAACUUGAGUGAUUGUGCCCUGAGCUUUUAAAGGAUUUUUGUUUAUUUGCUCCUUUUCACUGUACAAUACGAACACAGAGGUGCGAAACUGGACUUUGGGGGCCGAGAAGAGGGCRGCGAACACUGGGGGAUAUCCGGUGGGUGGGCGAGGAGGGCGGGGCUAUUGUUACGAGCAGAGACUGAAAGAAGAAGCUGAGCGGUGAGGCCUGCUGCGGAGGAAGGACUGAUGGAUGCACAGWUUGUGGGGGGAAGAGGGGGGCGGGGUCCUGGAUCUGCUGCUCACAGCUGGAGGAGCAUCAUCAACUCCACUGCUCCGCUUCCAGUUUUCCUUUUCUGGAUCUCCACUUAGUCAUUCCUGUAAGAGAGCUCUCUGUCUCAGGAGGCAGCUGUGGGCUUGGGGGUGGUCCUGGUUCUGUUGGGUUCUUUUUAUAUGGGGGUGGGAGUUAAAGGUGUGAAUAGCUUUACGCUGCUUGGCUGCUUCUCUCAGCUGGGAGGAGCUGAGGUUUAGCAAACACACAGAGCAAAAUCAAAUGAAUCAAUCAAAAUCCUGGAUCCAGUUCAGGAUUAAAACCGAAUCACUUAAACUGAGCGAGGUCUGUGGAAAAAUUCUGAACAGUCAACAYCUUACCUGCUAGAGAUAGCUCUUUGAUUGACUUCAGUUUGGAGAAAACAAGUUUAUUUCUGACAGGACCGAUGAGUUCGAGUUGGUGUUUCACCAGACUUCAACUGUUUGACUAAUUGGGGACAAAAGAUGCAUGAAAAUAUGCAAAUUUUCAAGAAUUGUUUUUGAGUUUGUGACUCAAGUGGCCAGCGAGACUUGCAGCCUCAUUUACAGCUUGCACAACAGUCUUCUAGUCUACGCAUUUAAAAUUUUGUCAUCGUUAGUAUGUUUUUUUUUAUUAUUUUUUUUAGACUUGGACAUGUUUCCUGUCAGGUCAGAGCUCCUCUUGCAGAUAGCCCAUCGUAAACUUCAGGAACUAGUCUGAGUCCAGUGAGAAAUACCCUGAACAGUUAGUUCUAACACAGCAAACACCAGUGUCUUCAAACACCAACCUGAAAACAAAAUGUUCACAAAACACUUUUUUUUAAACUUUUUUAUGAUUAUCUACAGAAUUAUUUAGUUAUUUGCAAGAGCAAAUAGCAACUGCAGCUAGCAGUAGCAUUUUCAAAGCACAUUGCUGCAAAGAGUUUUUUUCAUUUUAAACACCUUUCUUGUUGUACAGUGCUAACUGCUUCUGUCGUUUGGAUCAUAUAUGUGAACAAGGAUGUAAUGUGAAACUGAUGCUGUAAAGGUUUAUGAAAAAAAAAACGUUACAGAAACCACAACCUGAUCUCUCACAACUGAGUUGUUUUAAGUCUUAGCUGCGCUCAGUUAGCUGUUAGCUUUUCRAUCCGAUCAAAAUUCAACACAUAUUGUCCAAACUGAGGUUCUUCACAGAGCUAUCUGCCGCAGGUUAGAUAUUAUUUGUUCAUGUUUACUUAGAGCUCCAUUUCAAACUAGAAUAAAUUAUUUAAUGGCUUCAUUAAAUCGCUGAAAAAAAGUGGAAUUUAAACAAAAAGCAACGCAUCAGCAGGCUGGACCGUUUGAGUUUUAGCCUUUAUAAUCUUCCUAUCAUGGAAAUAAAUGGGAAGGAAAAAACACAGUAACAGUUUUUUCUCCUUUUACUUCAUCAGCUGUGGAAUAAUAGUAACUGAUUUAUUUGACCCCCCCCCCACACACACACACACACACACUCACACACACCUACUUCCUGUGUGCUGCUUCCUCAGCUCCUCUCGCUCCAGCACUGCUUCAGCGGUUUAUUUGUUUUAGAUAGUAUUUUUGACUGAAUGAACCCACGGUACAUGGGUUGUCUUUUAAGUCUUUUUGUGUUUUUGGAGGUUUCAUUUUGGACAUUGGUGCUCCGAGGACUGGGUCAGCAGUGUGGGYGGGAGGGAGUGGGGGGCACACGUUUUAUUUAGCUGGAUUUAAACCAGCGUUCUGUGUCGGUUGCUUUAAGAACAGAAAAAUAGGGAAAAUAAAUUUACACUAAACUACUUAUCAUGACUUGAACCUUUUGGRCAAAUUGAAUGAUCUGACUUUUAAAMCUGUUGUGUGUAAAURAACUGAAUGYRCAGAUUUUUCUUCUUUUCUCUCCCKUUGUUUUUUCAYGCGACCACUUCAGUGACGAUGCGUGCAGUUUAAAAACGGAGGGAAAAAUCCACCCUUUAACAGGUUCUUACUGCAAGUCAGCUGUUUGCUUUGUGUUCUUGUUUACUUUGAGGCUGUGGGGCGGGGCUUUCCAGAUGUUUGCAGUUUCACAUGCUCUCUGGGGUCAGUCCUGAUGGAAAUCAGAUUCCUGAUCUUUGCAGAAACAAACUGAGGGGGAACUGGAACAAUCAGAUAUCAGGGUGGAAUUCUCCUUUAAUUUUAGAUUCUAAGAGCCUGAAUGUGUCCCUUCUGUCCAGAGCAGCAGACACCUCCCCCCCACUUUUGUCCCUCUCCCACAUGCCCAGCGCUUUGUAACAUGCUGACACUUGGGUCUGUUUCCGUUAUUUACUGCUGAAUCCUAAGUUGUGUACAAUCAAGAAAACUAGGAUCGCAUGGAAAACUUGUUACAGUACUAAUAACCUGAUAAAAGUAUGUAAUAUUUCAUUUUUACAUCAAACUUCCAACAACAAAGAUUUAUGAGAAAACCUAUUUUACUAUUUUGAGCACAUGACUUCCUUGAAUCUGUGUUUUUUUUUAAUUGCUCCUGUUUAGUUUUCUACAGGGAUUUUUUUGUUUGUUUGUUUCUGUCUUCUACCAUAGAGAAAAAAGGAAACAACAUUAAGAUUAGACCAGAGUAGUGCUUACGUAAAUUAGUGGCAAUGACGCUGAUCAUUUCGGGGGCGGGGGGCUGGCUGGCUAUCUAGUGGGACAAAGUUGAUGGAACUUGCUAACGACCUGUGUCUGGUUUACACUGAGCAACAAGCAGCGAUGACGUUUGGAAGUUUUGCCGACUCGGACUCGAUGGGAAUGCAGGCUCUAGAGACUCACAUCGGUCCCGUCGGGUCCAGCGGGUGUAAAUGUUGCACAGCCCCACACCCCGCCCACACCAAGCGCAGCGCUUUAAUGUCCUCGUAAUGGCAGAGGAGCCCAUUGAGGUAUAUUUACCUCCAUCCAAAUGUUCCCUCUCUUCCUGGUCUCAGAGACCGGAGCGUCUCCAGAGCCUGACUUCCUCCUCUGAGCUCUUCAAAGGAUUCUCUGUGUUGCCUUGUUAAUAUUAAAUUGUGGACACGUAAUUUUAUAAACAACAGAGAUGUGGAAAUAAAGAUUAUUUAUCUUGUUAUUUAAA